AUGCCAUUAUUCAAUCCUGCAGUUGGAAAAUACAAACUCAUUCCAAAUUCUCUUCUCACUCAAAAGACAAAUCGAAUAUUUGGUUUUGCCUAUGAUUUUGUGACCGAAGAUUACAAGGUUAUAUGUGUACCUUACUUGAUAAACGACGAUUACUUGAUAAAUCCUUACUUGAUAAACGACGAUUACGUUGAUGUUGUUGAAGUUAUCCUGAGAGUGACAACAAGUGAGGCAGCCAUAUAUUUCUUUUCAGAUUAUCUCAUGGCUACUGAAAAUAAUUUUGUGCAAGCAGCAAUUCCUCGCUUUGAUGGUCACUAUGACCAUUGGAGCAUGUUGAUGGAAAACUUCUUACGAUCAAAAGAGUAUUGGCCAAUCAUUCAGGAUGGCAUUGGCACUCCGAUGGAAGGCGAAGUUUUGACAAAUGCUCAAAAGGCAGAGUUGGAAGCGAAAAAGCUAAAAGAUCUGAAAGCGAAGAAUUAUCUCUUUCAGGCAAUUGAUCGUCCCAUCUUGGAAACUAUUCUUUGCAAAGAAACUUCCAAGGAUAUUUGGGAUUCCAUGAAGAAGAAGUAUCAAGGCUCAAGCAGGGUGAAGCGCGCACAGCUUCAAGCUUUGAGAAAGGAUUUUGAAACACUGGAGAUGAAGGAAGGAGAAUCUGUCACAAACUAUUGUGCUAGAACCAUGCAAAUAACCAAUAAGAUGCGAUUCCACGGUGAGAAGAUAAAUGAUAUAGCCAUUGUGGAGAAAAUUUUACGAUCUCUUACAUCAAAAUACAAUUAUGUUGUCUGCCCAAUCGAAGAAUCAAAGGAUAUAAAUGAACUAUCUCAUGAUGAACUGCAAAGUUCUUUACUAGUUCAUGAGCAGAAGAUGAACAGAAGUUCUGGAGCACAGGAGCAUGCAUUGAAGGCUUCUACUAAUACUUAUUCUAGCAACUAUAGAGGAAGAGAUACUGGAUGCAAUAAUCACAUGUGCGGAAGCAAAUUUUCUUUUUCAUCUUUGGAUGAAAAGUUUCGCUCUACUGUGGCUUUUGGUGAUUGUUCAACUGUAGAAGUGAUGGGGAAAGGUGACAUCAAGAUUAAAACCAAGAAUGGUUUUGUGGAAACAAUUUCUAAUGUGUUGUAUGUUCCUAACUUGAAAAGUAAUUUACUUAGUGCUGGUCAGUUGCAAGAAAAAGGUUAUGUCAUCACUAUCAAGAAGGGAGAGUGUGAAAAUUAUGAUCCUGAGAGAGGAGCUAUUGCAUUAGUUCAAAUGAGCUCCAACAGAUUGUUUCCAUUGAGGAUUGAUAGCAUUCAAUCUUGUUUGAUGGCUGAAGUAAAGGAUUCAUCAUGGAUGUGGCACUUCCGAUAUGGUCACUUGAGUUUUGGAGGCUUGAAGAUACUCCAACAGAAAAACAUGGUCAGUGGAAAGUCAUGGAGAGCAAAGGAUGUUCUGGAGCUGGUACAUUCAGAUCUUUGUGGUCCGAUAAACCCAACGUCUAAUGGAGGUAAACGGUAUUUAAUCACUUUUACAGAUGAUUUUUCGAGAAAAACAUGGGUUUAUUUUAUGGAAGAAAAGUCUGAAGUUUUUUCAACAUUUAAAAGCUUCAAAGUACGUGUGGAAAAUGAAGCAGGAAAAACCAUUAAGGCUUUCCGAACUGAUCGUGGUGGUGAAUAUUGCUCAAAAGAAUUUGAAGUAUUAUGUACAGAUCAUGGCAUUCGGAGAGAGCUUACAGCUGCAUAUACACCACAGCAAAAUGGUGUGUCAUAA